AUGUCGGUCUCCAUUCAAACCGAGGUUCCCAUUGCACCCAUGACUGCGCAACCUGUCCUUCUGGGCCAACAGGCCAGGAUGCCUGAAUUCAGCUUGGCUGGUAAGGUAGUCCUGGUCUCUGGUGCUGGUCGUGGCCUGGGUCUGACCCAGGCGGAGGCUUUGUUGGAGGCUGGAGCAAAGGUCUACGCUCUUGAUCGUCUGGAGGAGCCAGCCGCGGAAUUCGCAGUGAUUCAACAGCGCGCCAAGGAGCUCGGCACCGAGUUGCACUACCGUCGCAUUGAUGUGCGUGACACAGAACUGUUGAACAGCGUCAUCGAAGCCAUUGCCAACACAGAAGGCCGCAUGGACGGUCUGGUGGCCGCCGCCGGUAUCCAGCAGGAAACCACUGCUUUGGAGUACUCCGCCAAGGACAGCAACACCAUGUUCGAAGUUAAUGUCACUGGUGUUUUCAUGACCUCCCAGGCUGUGGCCAAGCAAAUGAUUCGCUUCGGUAACGGAGGUAGCAUUGCCAUGAUCGCCUCUAUGAGUGGUACCAUUGCCAAUCGGGGUCUCAUUUGUCCCGCCUACAAUGCUAGCAAGGCUGCCGUCAUUCAGCUUGGCCGCAACUUGGCGGCUGAGUGGGGCCAGUACAACAUUCGUGUCAACACUAUCUCCCCUGGCUACAUCGUCACUGCUAUGGUUGAGAAGCUGUUCGUUGAAUUCCCUGAGCGCCGCGACCAGUGGCCCAAGGAGAACAUGCUCGGCCGUCUUUCUCGUCCAGAGGAGUACCGUGGUGCCGCUGUUUUCCUGCUCAGCGAUGCCAGCAGCUUCAUGACUGGCAGCGACUUGCGCAUGGACGGUGGCCACGCCGCGUGGUAA